AGACUACUCAAGAGGGGAAGAAGACUGUCAGAAAAAGAAAUUUCCUAAUCCUGAAGGUAACUCAGAUGGAAAGAAUCAAUUACCAAAGGAAACAGCUCCUGAUAAGAAAACAAAAGACAAAGGAAAGGGGAAACAGAAUAAGCAAUUAGAAAUUCUAGGAGGCAUUAUUAAUGGAGAUAUGAACAUCUAUGGUAAGCAAUCCAAACCAGUAAGGCAAUCAAAUACGGGGAAUCAACAGAAGGGGAUUUGGGUUCAGCAAAGUCAUGCGCAAUCUUCUAAAGAUCCUGCAUUCAAAUAUGGGCAACUGACUAAGGUAUAUAUUAUGGAGGAGACUUCACUGCCUAAUGCUUCUAAUGUUGCAUAG